UGGCAAUGGAGCAGUCAUUAGCGAAAUGGACUUGAAGCAGUGCGCACGAUGCAUUUUGAUUAUGGUUGCAUUACUAUUCAUCAUCUGCCAGACAAAAUGUGAAUCCCACAAUGCAAGUGCGAAUACGAUUGAGAUUGGGUGCUCGAGACAGAGUUUUACUCUGAAUAUUCCUAACCAAAAAACGGACAACUACAGUAGGAUAUUAUUUUUAACCUUACUGGGAACUUUGUGUUUGACGCUCUUGGGUUGUUUGAGCUGUGUUUGCUGCUGUUUCUUUCGAUGGUCAACAGAAAAGGCGGAGAGUCUGGACGCAUAUGCUCCGCGUACACAGAGCAUUGUGUGGCCAGAAUUGCCAGAGGAAACUGCUCAUGUGGUGGAACUGACCUUUCUACAUACACCAGGUGUUGUAGAUUGUCUGUGCAGUGCUUGUGAGUUGGCGAAGAAGGUGCGAUGCAUUGAAAAUUGUCUGAAUUCAACAGAGUGUUACGCUGAUCAAGAAUAUAUAUACUUUAUAGGGUCGGAGAUGCCUUCUACUGCCUGUUACACAAAGUUAUACUACCCUUCUACCAUAUGGGUAGCGUGUAUAAUAAAACAGAUUCACAAAUUCCACAAUGAUACCAUACUUCAACUGCAUUAUGGACAGCUGUUUUUCUUUGCCACUGGUCGAGGAAAGACUUCUUGCCAAAGUCGUUGCAUGUUGAAGGUUCAGUUUAUGAGCAGAAAUCAAGAGAACAGCUACAUAUUCAAUAUGGAGAAAUGGUUAAAUGGAUAUGCGGAAAUGUUGCUGCUUUUUCUGCUGUUUGUGGGUUAUCCAGAACUCUUCACUGCCAGCAACUAUACGGACAAGUACUGGCUUAAUGAGACACAGACCAUGAAGGAGGAUGACAAUGCAACAAUUUUGGGUGGCUAUGGAAUUAUGGGCGACAUACACGAAAACAACAAACGUAUUGUUUCUCAAGUAGAGCCACUAAUGAAUGUGGCUUUGGUGGCUCUGCUGUUGCAUAUUCUCAUCGUGGUCGGGGGUAUUAUAAUCUACACUUUUGUGUUCUGUAGAAAUCGUUCUACGAAGAGGAGAUCGCUAGAGGUUAAUCAUCGUCUGCAGAGUCCUUUAACUUUAAGGCAUGUGCCCAACUCUGCUAAUUGCCGGUGUCAUGGAUGUCUUGUGGCCAGACAAAUUCUAAGUGGACUGAUUGUACAAAAGAUCAUUAACGAACGAUCUUAACCAUUGUCAGUGACAAACAGAUUGUAAUAAUUUUUAUGGAUUUCUUUCCACAGUUAUUAAUGGAAACUUCUCAUAAUAAUUCAACAUGUUGUUGACUAAAAGUAAAAGUUACAUGUAAGAUUAAAGUUAUCACUUGCUAACCUAAAUGCAAUAAUUUGAAUUACGAUAUUACUUAUUUAUCGAAAAAAUUGCGAGUAGUGCAAGAGCAGCCAACUUAGUUAAGCUCGAUAGAGAGAGAAAGAGCGUUGCUUGUCCUUUAUCGAUAUUUUGGCCUUUAUUAUUGAUAAUAUCGGCAAUAAUAAACAAUUAAAAUUAUGAACCAUUUAUUCUUGCAAAUGUCGCACAAGCUAACAAAAUUAUUAAAUUGUAGGACAGAAAUUGUCUUUUAGAGCCAAUAAAAAUAUCGAUAA